UGUAACGUCUUCGUUUCUUCAAGGUGGCUGCACUCUUCAGGUGACGUCGGAACAAACGCAUGGCCAUGAAGCGUCUGUCUGGCCUAUUCGUUCUCAUCGGCGUGGCUUGCGUUCAUGCCAUUCCGGAAACAACGCAAUCGAUGUGCUCGAAGCCACCGGUUCUCGGCAACUGCCCACCCUUAAGAAACGUUUGGCAUUAUCACUAUCAGAUCAAUGCAUGCGUAAAGUACAAGGACAGCGAUUGCGGCGUUGGAUACAACCAGUUCAUGUCGAAAGAAAAAUGUGAUGAAGCUUGCCUACGCCCGCCAGGACAGAAGCAAGAGUUGUGUUUAAGAAACACUAUUACUGGUAGCUGUCAACCAAAAAUGCGUGCUUGGUAUCAUGAUCCUGAAGAUGGUUUCUGUAAAAUGUUCAACCACGGUGAAUGCGGAAGAGGUGCAAACCAUUUCGCAACAGAGCAGAAAUGCCUCGAGACUUGCAAACCACCUGACCAACGAAAAGUUGUGUGCAGCCUGCCUCAAAGCCCAGGAGUGUGCUACUUUGUGUUGUAUCGCUUCUUUUUUGAUCACAAAAGGAAUAAUUGUUUUCUGAUUAGAGGAAGGAGUUGUGGCAAAAACGACAACGCUUUCGUUUCGCAUGGAGACUGCAUGAGAAGAUGCAGCCAUCCCAAAACGCCGAGACCCUGCUACAAUUGUGGCACCAAAAAUAAAGGCCAGCAAACUAAAGCCCCUGGUGCAGUCAAGGGCUGAUGACGCUGCUAAUAAAGAACUUUUUUCUCGCCUUGA